GAGCGAGAGAGAGAGGGAGAGGGAGAGUGAGUGAGGGAGGGAGUGAGAGGAGGGAGAGGAGGGAGUUGCGCGCACUCUCGCUGAUCACCGCUACCUUUGUGCACGGGGAGGUCGUCAGUAGUCGGGCAGAUGGCGGCGGGGCUUUACCGCGCCAGCCCUUCGCCGCUCGCUCACACGCACACGCACACCUACACGCACACACACGCACACACACACACUCUCACACAACUCCCGCUAAAGACGUGUGCCGUGGAACCUCGCUCGAGACCUGAAGACCAAGGGAAAGCAGAGAAAAAUGUACUGCUUUCAAUCUCUCGCGUUUUUUGAUUCUUGUUUCUCUCUUUAAGCGUGAGAAGUGAGACGGGAAGUUGAGUCGAGGUGAAAUGUUCUACUUUGUUUUUCUCGCUUUAAAUAUUUCGUCUUAUCCCGCCAUCACGAACGGACGCAUGAACGACUGCACGGACGGGAAAUAAAGCGACGAAGACGAGGAAGGAGGAAAUAAAAGAGUAAAUGGGAAAAAAAAUAGGAAACUAAUAGUGUCGAGUGACCACAACUGCCUGCGUGUGUGCGUGUGUGCGUGUUUGUCUGUAUGUACGUGCGUGCGUGGUGAACCAACUAACACGUACAGAGGAAACGAGAGAUAGAAGAUAAAUAAAAGAAACUCACCAGAGACGAACGAACAAGAAGUAGGGAUAGAAGAAGAGAGAAGAAGGAAGAUUAAGGGAAGAUUCAUCUUAUUUCUAUUUUUUUUUUUUUUUUUCGUUCUCAAAGUCUCUCCUUCAGGAAAAAAAAGUUUGAUUUACUGACGAAAAACAAUAAAAAAGUAGAAUGGUUGGUUAAUUCCGCAGCGGUUAAUCUUCCCUUUCCUUUGCCUACUCCUUUAUUCCUUCUCCCCUUCCCCCCUCCCUCCCUCUCCCUCUCUCUCUCUCUCUCUCUCUCUCUCUCUCUCUCUCUCUCUCUCGUCUUCGUGUUGUUUAUUUUCCACGUAGUGAGCCUAUAAUUUCCUCCUCCUCCUCCUCCUCCUCCUCCUCCUCCUCCUCCUCCUCCACCACCUCCUCCUCCUCCUCCUCGGUCUACGGCAUCCCCCUCACCUCCUCCAUCUCCUCCAGCUACUCAUCUCCACUUUAAAAAGGACAGCAUAAGCGGAACGAAAGAGGGAAGAGGAAGAAAAUAAAAAGGAAGGAAAGAAAGAAGAAAGAAAAAUAAGGAAGAGAAAGAAACGAAGGAGGAAGAAGAACAAGAACAAUAAGGAACAGCUGUGCCAGGAGAGAAAGAAAAGAUAAGUAAAGAUAAAAGAGAGAAAUAGAGUAAAAAAAUAAAUAAAUCACCAAAAAAAACAGGAAAUACGAAAAAAAGGUAAAUAAAAGAAAAUAAAGAAAAGAGCGGGAAAGAAAUAUCACCAUUUUUUUAUCUGGUACUCUCACACGCUCUCUCUUUAUCUACUUUUUAUCAUUUGACAGCCUCUCCUUCACUCUCACUUCCACAGUCACUCUCACCCGCCCCUCUCCCCCGCCCCCCGUGUGCCUCUCCCCCCUUAGAGAGUUGACUCAAUAGGGGACGAAACUGUGAGGGAAGGAACGAAAGGCUGUGAAAACUGUGAGUCUCUGAACGAUUCCCUCUGACAGUGAUCGAAACUUUGUGAAAAUACAGGGAAAAAAGAGUUGGAAAAUAUUUAUAUACAGAAUUAUCUCGUACCAUUUAGAGAAAAAGGGAGGAAAGUUUUCGGUGUUUCUUUUUCUUUAUGGUGUGUGUGUGUUUGUGGUGAAAAGGAAGCAAUAAUAAUAAAUAAUAAUAAUAAUAAUAGACGCAAGUGUGAUAAAUGAAGUGAAUGAAGAAAAAAAAAUAUGUUAAAGUGAAUGGAAAGAAAAUAAUAAAAACUAAUGAAUACAUAGAUAAAUAAACAUGAAAUAUUGAAAAAAACUAAAAUUAUGAAGAAAAAAGGAAACAAAUGAAAAUAAAGACAAGAAAAUAAUAGAAACAAGAAAAGUUGGAGAAAAGAACGCUUACAGUAAUAACACAAGAUAAUAACAACACAACAAGAAAAAAGAAGAAAAGGAAAAAGAAGAAGAAGAGGAAUAAGAAAAAUAUAUCAUCAUUACAAAGGCAUUUUACCUAAUUAAUCUCAAAGGAAGAUUAAAUCCCUAUUAAACAAGCAAAUAACCUGCUAAUCGCAAUUAACACCAGGUAAUUAAUCUUACCUGGGAAAAGCAAUAAAGAAAACAUUAAAAAGAAAAAAAUAUAUAGAGGGAGAUUUUUUUCUCAAGAGGAACAAAAGAGAGAGAAAAAAAGUAUCCUGUUUGUGGUGAUGUUUGUUCAUUCCCCUCGUUUGUCUGCUUGUUUGUGAGUGGCUGGUGGAUCAUCAAGUGAGUGAAGCUCCGAACUGGCGGUUUGCGAAGCCCUGGAAUGUCCCGCGUUGGUCUGCUGUGUGUCAGGCUCCUGCAUCGUGUUGGAGGGAGUCACUGAAUCACUGAAGCUUGUGACUUGCAUGAAAAACGUACUGCACCUAAUGUCCUGUGAAGCUUUUGAAUCAAUGAAGCAUGAUUCGUCGCCCAUUGAAUCUCUGAAGCUUGCCUGGUCUUGAGGAAUCUUAUAUAAACUCACCAAAUAAGCUUAUGGAUAAACUAAAAAAGCCUUUAAAGUUGUGAAAUAUAUGCAUAAAUUAAUGAAGCUUUUUGAACUGCAGGCAUAUGAAGCAGUUCAGCUUUUCGAAACGCUAAAAUUGCCCCCACAACUUAAGCUUUCCAAAAUAUUUAACCCUGAAGCUUAAAAAAAUAACUUCAAAUUUUACCAUUUCAAAUUUUAUGGUCGUUAAGAAAAGUAUAUAUUCCAAAAUAAAAAAAAAAUUAUAUGUAUUCUGAACUCUUGCAUCGUCUGAAGGAAGCUUGCGUUCGAACGAGUGUGAACGAACGAACGAACGAAGCAUUUGAAGCUCUCCGAAGCGACCUUAUUUAACCCUGCCUGUCUGUUAAGUCUGUGUCUGUCGGUUGGUCUGUCUGUCUGUCUGUCUGUCUUUCCUGGUAGCUAGCUAGUGGUGAUUGUAGAACCGUCACCGAACCACUUUUGAAUACUCCCCGUGGUGCCUCGAGCUUCUUAGUGAACCACUCUAGUGAACCAUUAAAAAAAAAACACACAGUAAAUACAACAAUUAUAUAAUAAUCAUAAAAAAAUAAAUAAAUACAUAAAAUACACCAGAAAAUCGUGGUAGUGUGUAGUAAGUAGUUGGUGUGUUUUCCUUCAUUACCUUAUUACUUUUGUUACUUGAGUGGAAGAAAAAACAAGAAAACGUGACAUUUAGAAAACUUUAGCCACUUAUAAAGGAAAAAAGAGAUAAAUUAUUACUUCCCCUUACUUUCCUCUUCAUUUAUACUUAGCGGUCAAGGCACCUCAUGAAUGAACGCCUUUUGAAAGCCCUUACGCCCCUAAGCUGUAAGUAACCAACCCACCCACACCAAUACCACUCCAGUAACUAGCCAAGUAUAGUUCACACAGUAGCACUAAGCAGUCUUAAGGGUUACCCACUUGCCUGCGCCCCCCUGCAGCCCAAAGGUCCUCGGAACACUUAAAAAAGCAUCUAAACGCAUUCAAGAAGCCCUAAAAUUAAGUAAUUCUAAAAAAGAUAUUAAGUAGCACGUGAUAGUUGGUAAAGUUGAUAAGAAUCCAAAUCCUUGCCUAUUUGAUUCAUAACCUGCAUCUUUUCGGGCCUGGAUUCCAUUUGACGGGCGGCGAGAUAUGAAUGAAAAUCAAUACAAAAGGUUAGGGGGAGAAGAGAAGCCUCGAUCCCUCCAGUAAUCUGUGUGAAAUACCUCAAGCCGCGGUGAACCUUUUAGUAUCGAAAUUGGAGAGUUUGGAAGCCUCCUUACCUCGGCUCUCAGCGUCUCCACGACCAUUGGAAACCUAUUAGGAUCCUCGAAACUGUCUCUCGCCCUCCUCGUGACGCUCCGAGCCCACUAUGUCCUGGAGAACUAUGCGUUUGACCCCCAGUGUUCCGCCGACCCUCGCCCCGGAGCCCCGAAACACCAAGGCUUGUCUUCGUCGCCUCUCUCCUCGAGGACUUCGCAUCGACAACGAAGAUAAAGCCUCGCGUGCCAUCCUCCUCUUCCCCCUCCUCCUCUGCUUUGAACCUCGUCUUGAUGCCUCACUAUGACUGAUGCUGCUCUUAAUAGGGUUCGAAUCGUCCCCUGACACGCCUUGAACGAAGCAGCGACUCACUUGAAGCCUUCACGAGUUGACAUCAUCAUUAUCAUCAGCGAUCAGCGGGGCGGUACAUUCAUCCGUCUGUCUGUCUGUCUGUCUGCCUGUCUCCGCUGCUGCUGCUGCUGAAGUAGCUUGCUGAAGUGUGAAAGGAAGGAGAAAGGGAAAGAAACGUUAAUUAAGAGGGAUAAUCUCUUGACUCACACACACACACACACACACACACACACACACCAGUAUUCUCUUCCCUCCUUUUCAUACCCUUUUAUCAUCUCUCUCACUUGUUCCUUCUCCGCAUCUCCCUUUGACCACGAAAUACAAGCUUUGUUUACUCGCUUGCCAAUUUGUUGUUGUUAUUGUUAAGGGUCUGAAGCUAGAGAGAGAGAGAGAGAGAGAGAGAGAGAGAGAGAGAGAGAGAGAGAGAGAGAGAGAGAGAGAGAGAGAGAGACGUCUCCUCUUACUACGAAACACAAAUAAGUAAGUUAGUUCCUGUUCCUUGUGGCGUCACUUUCUCUGCCUGUACGUACGUCAUCAGCCUGCCCGGCGUCGUGUUACCCUUCCCAACCUUCCACCGCACCGUCAUCCACUUGGAGAUUGCUAGAUAACUCAUUCAUCCACCGCAGCUUACUCGGCCGCCACUCAGAGCUUACCCGCAAGGAAGGGACGCGUGAACUUAAACACCAGAGCUCUUUCGGCCUCCAGUUGAAGACCCACCCACAAAUAGAACCACUUUACUCCACCUUGAGACCACCUAGUCCACACUCAAGAGGUUAUCCACAAAGGGAAAGAAGUGUGAAGUCAUCCACCAACUCUCUUGGAUAUAAAUAGAGAGUUUAUCCACUAAGAACACUCCAUCAAUAUUUACUCCACUUGAAAAAUUCGUUCUGCCAACACUUAAGAGCUAAUCCACAAAGAGAAAGGGCUCUCAUUCACUCCACUUCUCGUUCACUCCUUCCACCUGAGCAGCUCAUUCCACCUAAGUGUAGAUACCAUUCCACUACGUAAGAGAGCUUAAUCCACUGCAAUAUAACGAAUAUAACGCUCUUCCCCCCUCCCCCUUCCCACCCAAGAUUGCACUCUGCUGUAAGAGAAUAUCAGACGUUUGUAAUUAAGCUGUCAUUCCACUGCCAUAAAGGUGUCCAUUCCACAGAAACCCCAGUCCAUUCAGAGAGCUUAUUCACCCUGCUAUGACUCACUCCGGUACAGUAAAGCGCUCUUGUGUGUUCUCUAAUCUAGAUCUGACAUUCCAUUAAGUGUGAAGGUGCAUUCCACUGUUUUAACGGCUCGUUCCGCUCCUGCAACGGCUGCCACGCCACUAGGAUCACUCCACUUUGAACUGAUCCACCGACUGAAGAAGGAAGAGUUUGAAGGAAGAGAGAUAAGCAGAAGGAAGAGAUAAAGGAAAGAUAAGACAAAACACAAUAGGAAGAAAACUUUAAAUUUACGAAUCAUUAGAAAGAGAGGAAGAAGAAAAGGAAAAGAGCGUAAUUUCAAAUCACUCUGGGAAGUUUGAAAAAGGUUCUGAUUCCAAUGAAAACUUCAACUUCCUAUUCAGUGGAGGCGAAAUAAUAAGUUUAAAUCACCGUAAUCCCACCUCAAUCUUGAGUGGCCGCUCUUUAAAUAACCAAAUCACGGAAGAAAGAAAAGAGGGUGAGAAAGAGAGGAGAAAAAAUCAAAAGAACACUAAGAGCAAAUAAAAAUAAGCCGGAAAAAAGUUUGAAAUUACGUAAGGGAAUCUGAAACGAGCAAAAAUCCUUACGAAAAUAAUGAAGAGAAGGAUGAAAAGUUUGAAAAUACACAACAAAAUCUUCAGAAACUAGAACAAGUCAAAAAUAUUCGCCGAAAAUCCAUAGAAACACCGAAAACAGAAAAAUUGUUAACCCGAUUGCAACACAGACUUAAAUUCCUCUUCCUCACGUGCAAGUUGGAAUCCCUUUGUCGUGGGGAAGGCUUCGCUAAGUUCAUGAAUCCCUCUGCUGAUGCGCAACAACAAGUUUAGAUCCCACUUCGCGCACUCAGGACAAGAGGACCAGUACUCCGGGAGGUGAAGAGAGAGUGGGAGAGCAUGAAACCAGAGAGAGGGCGAAAUUUUUUAAGAGAUAGAGAGUUAGAGAGAGAAAGAGAGUGAGUGAAUAAAACAGCAAUAACGUGGAAUAAGAAAAAAAAAAAAAACGAUAACUUUCAAUAAUAAAAAAAAAGUUUGAGUAAGAAAAAAGUAAUAGAAAAUUUAAAACCCACGUGAAUAAAACAGAAACGUGAGAGGUGAAGAAAACGGGAUGCGAGUGAACCAACUAAAACAACUGAGACAGAAAACGGGAGAGAAGGAGCGCAUGGUGCGGUGGAGCCACGAGAAACACAAAACAGGACAGGAUAAAGAAAACGCGGUCCGGGAGAGUCACCAUAAGGCCCGCGGCGCCACCAUGACACCGGACGUGGGCGUGGCGGCGUGGGCGGUGGUGGGUAGCCUGCUGCUCGCCGUCACCACCACCUACGCCAUGUCAGACGCCAUCACCGACCAGGAAGUGACGGUAAUAGUGGAUGGGGUGGAGGGAGAGAGUGCCUCCGUACCGUGUGACCUGUUCCCCUCUGACCCCAAGGACAAGGUCAACCUCAUCCUGUGGUACAAGGACGACGCCAAGGACCCCAUCUACAGCUACGACGCGCGGCUGGCAGUCUUCGCGAGCGAAAGACACCACCUCAAAGAAAUGAAUUUAAAGGGAAGAAUCGCCUUUACACCUUCACCUGGCCAGCCAAUCCCACACACACUGACACUCAGCAGACUCUCCGCCAGUGACGCCGGGACGUACUCCUGUCGCGUGGACUUCAUGCGCGCCCAGUCCACCACGCGGGCCGCCCGGCUGAGGGUCGUGUCGCCGGUGGAGAGCCUCAUCAUCACGGACUCAGGGGGAGAUCCUGUCCCCCCCAUACUGUCGCCGGUACCUGAAGGGGGCACAUUGAACCUCACCUGUACUGCGCGCGGAGGUCGCCCUCAGCCCAAGGUGUCGUGGUGGCUAUCAGAGUCUAUCAUUGAUGACUCCUUCAGCAGUUCAGCGGGCGGAAGCGAAGGCGGGAGCGGGUCCGUGGUAUCUAACACUCUCAUUAUCAACCCACUGACUCGCGCCCACGCCCACUCCGUACUCACCUGCAAGGCCGCCACCGCCCCCGUAGCAGUCACCACCACCAAAGUUACCAUAGAUAUGUACCUACGCCCCUUGACCGUGGAGAUCACAGGGGCUGCCGUGGGGGGGUCAGUGCGCGCCGGUGACCUCCUCGACCUCUCCUGCACAGCCAGAGGGUCACGACCCCAGCCAGUCAUCUCCUGGUACAAGGGCGCCUCACUCAUCCAGACACAGAACACGCAAAGGAAGGACGUGACGGGCGUGGGCGGGAUGAGCAGGGUCCGCGUGGCUGUACAGAGGCGUGACAACGAGGCCCGGAUCACCUGCCGCGUCAGCAACCCACAGCUGCCUCUACACACCCUGCAGGACCAUGUGGUGAUCAACGUGACGUUCGCCCCGCAGGUGGAGCUAAGGGUUGGGUCACGACUGGAAGGCACAGUGGUGAAGAAAGGCAAAAACCUGUAUCUCACCUGCCACGUGGACGCAAACCCGCCGCCUCACAAGCUAAUCUUUAUGCACCAGGGCGUGGAAGUGCGGCAGGACAAGACUGAACACAUUAUGGUGAAUGGGAACAACUUGGUUCUGAAUAAGAUAAGCAGGACACAGGCUGGCGAGUACUCGUGCAAAGCCACCAAUUCUGAAGGGACGGGCUCCAGCGUGCCUCUCAACAUUACGGUCCUUUACGCCCCAGUUUGCUCGGAAGUGAGAGACGUGUGGGGUGAACUGGGAUCUGUCGUGCGGGCUUCGUGUCGGGUCCAGGCAGCUCCCAUCGCGCCCAUACAGUUCUCGUGGGUGUGGGUGACUCCUAGCUACUCCCGCCGCGUCGUGCCCGCCCUGGUCACCUCCUCGGGCACGGCUUCCAGUGUUAAUUUCACAGUGCCGAGGGACAACGUGACAGAGCCUGGAGUGCCCGCGGAAAAGCUUGGGGUGCUGCAGUGCUGGGCUCAGAACUCAGUGGGGCGACAGGAGAAGCCGUGUGAAGUGGCCGUGAGAAAGCCAGCGCCUCCGUCACCGCCCAUUAACUGCACGCUGACGGAGACGGGGCCGGAGGUGGUGACGGUCAGCUGUCAGCCCGGCGACCCGCUAUCAAUGACGGAAAGUUACCUGCUACAAGUGUGCGGCGCCAAGAACAGGAAGCUUUGCCAUAACAUCAGCAGCCCCGUGCCCAGGUUUGUGGUGCCUGGGCUUACCUACGGACGUGACUAUGAGGUGUACGUAUCCUCGUCCACUCGCUACGGACACUCCCCCUUCAGGCUGGUGGAGGCGUUCACGUUCAAGACCGCAGAGAACCGCAUGGCAGGCAGCGAGACGUCCCCGCCCUCCCUCUACACCAUUAUUAUGUUCGUCGGGGGCGUGGGUGCCAUCAUCGUCCUUGUCAUCAUCGUCAUUGCGUUGAUUCGCCUGAGGAUUGCGCAGGUCGAGCCACAAAUGUACGCGUAGAUCCUUCGCUUCCACCACCUCUGAAAUUCUGGAGAAGGAUGUGUCGUCAGAUAAGCGUCCCUCAGAGAGCAAUGGGGACUCGGCGUCAUCCAGCGACAACCACGUCAAAUCGGGCGCGGGUGACGGUGAAGGCGGUGGGGGGGCGCGACACAGUGUCGGGGCGCGUGGGGGGACGCGAGGCGGUGCCGCUGCAACCCAUCAUCCGCCAGCCGUCGCGCCCCCAUCAUCAAGGAGAACAGCCGUUCCUCAGACAAUGGCAAGGCGUCGCAGGGGGCGCACGGUGCUGUUCGUGGAGCCGCCUAAGCCCGCGGCGGGCAUCCUGGUCAACAAGAACGAGGUGCCGCGCACCCAGCCACGAGACGCUCUACCCCUCGCGCCGCAGCCUCAAGGGACCCAACGGCGACGUGGGGCCGCACGGCUACGGCUCCCGCGGCUCCUACCCCGAGACGCUACACACCUUGCACGUCUCCAGCCGCGGCUUUGACGCUUACGGCGACCGCGACCGGGACCCGCACCUGUACCGGGACCGCGAGGUGCCUCUGGGCCGUUACCGCAAGCGUGUCCGACGACCGCGGCCACGUUUGGAGACCUACUGGCGCCGCAGUACCUCUCCACCUCCUCCACCUCACUAGGGCGCGAGGGCCCCUACGGCUCCCCGCGGGGCCUGUUCCGCAUGCCCGGCACCCUCGCCGCCCUACUGCUCCAGGGACUUGGGCCGCGACCUGCCCAGGGACAGAGACCGAGACCGCGACCCGCGGGACCACCCCAGGGACCGCGACCUGCACCGCGAACUCUCCCGCGACCUGCCCCGGGAGCGUGACCUGCCGCGGGACUUGGCCCGGGAGCGUGAUCUGGGCAGGGAGCGUGACCUGCCCCCCAAGCGAGACCUGCCGCCCCGGGACAGGGACCACCCCCGGGACAGGGACCUCGUGAGAGAGCGUGACCUGCCCCCCGCGGGAAACGAGACCUUCCCCCGCGGGAGCGAGACCUUCCCCGGGAGCGUGACCUGCCCCGAGACAUUCCCCGGGACCUUCCUCGCGAGCGGGACCACCUGCGGGACCACCCGAGGGAGCGAGGACCUGGGGCGUGACCACCCCCCGCGCGCGGGACCGCGAGCACGGCCCCUUCGCGACGCGUAGCCUGAGCCACGAGUACGACCCGCUGCUGCCGCGCUCAGCCGCCCUCCGCCUGCAUGAAGAAGUCCCCCAGCGUGAGCGCCUCCGUGGGCCGCCACUACGAGCCGCCUCCGCGCCGACAGGGACGGCACUGUGUUAUCGCUCACUGCCGCGACCCCGGCAAGAUCCGGGACGCAGAGGACGACGCGCUGCUCAAGUACCGCUCGCUGGACCGCCGCUUCGACCUGCCCUUCAGCGGCUUCCCUGCAGCGCGUGGAGCCCGAGGAGGUGGACGAGGGGGGAGCGACACCCCCCGCGCCGCUACAGCGCCUCCUCCAGGAUGCGGUUCGGGGACGAGAAGCACUUCCACGUGUACCACGAGAAGGAGAAGGGCAAGCCGCAGGAAGGCCUGGAGGGACAUGGACGAGAGUUUUUGUAUGAUAAAUGUUUUAUGAAAUAUAUGUUUUUAUUGGUG